CAUCGCCGACGGCGUCUCUUGCCUGGUAAGCGUCCUGCUCCGAAACCCUUGCCUCUGGUGAUCCCGCUGCGGAAGAUAUCGGGCCCACCGUCGAUCGCGGGAUAUUAGAAUGUUGAGAUCAAGAACGUCGUCGACGUGAAGAGCAGAUACCCGGCUUGGCAAAGAUUUACGCCGCCGAGAGGGAGACAGAAAAAGAACGAGAGAGAGAGAGGGAGGGAGAGAGAGAGAGAGAGAGACGGGCCGUGUACCUUUCUUUUUCACUGUCGGCGGUACGUUCGAUUUAAAUUCGGUGCCAGCUGCACGAGAUCAUUCGCGUGGGUGUCUCCGGGUCGGAGAACUCGUAUCGUGGCCGAAGGUCAAGACGAGAUAAUCCUAAACUGCAUCGACAAUUUCAACGGAAUAGAAUUCGAGUAAUUAAUGGAGCCAGAGGAGAUUUCGAAGAGACCCGAGGAACUUGGGAAGACAUUGCGCGACGCGGCAGGCUCGAGAGUUCUUGGAGAAAGCUCCGCGUAGUUUCCUCGUCGACGAUCGUUAGCCAGUGAUACAUCAUCGUCAACGUGAACCAGUGAUACUGUUCGACGCCGGUCGACGAAGCCGCGAUAGCGGCGCGAUGCGGCGUCGCGCCGCUGCUCGUUGGUGCGUCGCGAGCUUGUCCGUAGGAUGGACGACGAGUGUGGCCGACGGGGCGACGAGAGGAAGAGGAAGACGAGUGACCGUCGUUGUCAGUGCGUUGGACGCGCCGUGCGACGCCGGCGUCGGCGUCGUCGGUUGCCGUCGAUUAUUUACCGCGACCACCGGCUGCGUCCGAGCCGGACUCGUGCGGUGAUUCGCGUGUGAAGUAGACCCGCCGUCAACGUCCACGAGCCGCUCGCCCAAUUGGAUGGAAGAGGAGGACGACGACGACGACGACGUCGACGACGACGACGACGACGACCAGGACGACGACGACGACGACGGCGGCGGCGAGGGAGACGACGACCACGGCGUGACGAGAGAUGCCUGGUAUCGUGGUGUUCGGACGACGCUGGAGCGUCGGCAGCGACGACCUCGUCGUGCCCGGCGCCUUCUUGUUCAUCCUGCAUCUUAUAUGGCUGACGGUGCUAGGCGUUCUACUGGGGAUUCUCGAGUGGGAUCGUAGCAUCCCGUGCAUUCUACUCCUAUGGGACUACGUGAUCGGCUACGAGGCCCUCUUCAUGGCCUGCUUAGUGGUGGAAUUCUCCAUUUGCUUCCUGGCGACGAGGGGCAGUAUCCUGGACACUGCGGCCAGGGCGCCGAUGCAAUACAUCCUUUAUAUCCGGCUGUUCCUAGUUCUGGUGGAGUGCGGAUGGUUGGGCGCGGGUCUCACGUGGUUAACGUAUUAUUAUCAUAUCUGUCCAGUGGACCAAGCUAAGGAUGUUAUGUUAGGUUUGGUAGUGUCGAAUUGCUGUCUGAUGACGCUAAUGACGGUGACGAUUUGGUGCACGUACGACGCUGCCGGCAGGUCCUGGGUGAAGAUGAAGAAGUACCAGCGCAGCAUGAGGGAGGCGGAGCUGCGGGGGGCGAGGUUGCACUAUAAGCGCAGCGGCAGCAGAAAUCGAAAUUGGCGACAACGAAAAGUCAUACGUGCCUAUCAAGAUAGCUGGGACAACAGGUGCAGGCUGCUGUUCUGCUGCAUGGGUAACUCCGACCGCAAUCGAAACUCGUUCGCUGACAUCGCGCGGCUGCUGAGCGACUUCUUCCGCGACCUGGACGUGGUGCCGUCGGACGUGGUCGCCGGUCUCGUGCUGCUGCGCAAGUUCCAGAAGAUCGAGCGUGAGUUGAUAGUGAAGCAGCGCAAGAACGACACGUACGAGUUCCUGUCGGGGGUACCGGUGACCCCGCGCACCAAGUUCCUGUCGAUGACCGAGGACGGCGACCUGGGCCACUUUCAGUUGGCCAUCCACUAUAUGCAUUUCGCCCUCGCAGCUUACGGCUGGCCCAUGUUCGUGGUUAAUCCCUCCACCGAGCUCUGCCAGUUGUGCACCAGAUUGCGAUGUUGCUGCUUCGCGUGCGGCGCUCACGAGGACGAGGCGACGAUCGUGUCGGACAACUGUUGCCGAUGCAAUUACGCCGCUCUGAGCAGCAUGCUCGACUUAGGCGAGAUCGAGGUGGUGUAUGCGACCUUCCACGUCGACGUAGGCGAGACACCGUUCUUCGUAGCGCUGGACUACACCAAGAAGAAGGUGGUAGUCAGUAUACGUGGGACUCUGAGCAUGAAGGACGUGCUGACGGAUCUAAACGCCGAGGGCGAAGUACUGCCUUUGUCGCCUCCGAGGGAGGAUUGGCUGGGGCACAAGGGGAUGGUGCAGGCUGCCGAGUACAUACGCAAGAAGCUGCUGGAGGAGGGUAUCAUCGCACGUGCCCUCGCCAAGGAUACCUCCAGGGGCACACAUCAAUUCGGGUUGACGCUGGUGGGACACUCAUUAGGCGCCGGCACUGCUGCUAUUCUCGCGAUCCUACUGAAGCAGGAAUACCCGGAUCUGGUCUGCUUCUCAUUCGGGCCACCCGGUGGACUACUGAGUAUGCCAGCCCAGCAAUACACUCAGGAAUUUAUUACCUCCGUGGUGGUAGGGAAGGACGUCGUACCUAGAAUCGGACUCCGACAGAUGGAGAGUCUGAGAGCGGACCUCAUCAACGCGAUAAAAAGGAGCGUCGAUCCUAAGUGGAAGACGAUAGCGUGCUCGGUGAUGUGCUGUGGCUGCGGCUCGACGCCCACGUCCGCGGCGAACCUGGAGGCGGGCGGCUGCAUCAGCGAGUAUCAGCGGGACAAGGACCAGGCGCGCGCCCAGACCGUCGUGCCCAGUGACUCCAGCAUCGCCUUGACCCUGCACAGACCCCUGUACCCGCCCGGCCGGAUCAUACACGUAGUGCGGCAUCACCCGAACAAGGACGAGCAGAAGUAUGAGACGAGUUGGAGACAGGUGUUGAGCAAGCGCGAGCCGGUGUACCAGGCGCUGUGGGCCGGGCCGUGCGACUUCGACGAGGUGCUGAUCAGCCCGGUGAUGAUUCAGGACCACAUGCCGGACAACAUGCUGCGGGCGCUGAACAAGGUUGUGACGACCCUGGGACCGGCGAAGCCGCAGAGGCUGACGUCCGGCCACGCGUCCUCCGCGGAGGCGUCGGAGGCGCGCGAGCACCAGGUCGAGGUGCAGCUGGAGCUGGAGGUGCAGGAGCAGGAGAUGCGGGCUCUGCUGUCGCCGUCCAGCCCGGUGAGGUGCCGGACCCUCGGCAACUUGGCCGGCACACCGCCGCACCGGCUCUGCCUGGAGACGAGCUUCACGUCGCUGCAGAGCCCGACGGACCUACCCCAGGCUGGUCGCGAGCUCAGCGUCGACUCGAGAGGCAUCCCGUGGGAGUACAUGAGCCUCGCCAGCGAGCUGCUCAACACGCCGCGGCCGGACGAGGGCAAAGUGUUCGGCCGCCGGCACGAUUGGGACGAUCGCACUGCGCCCUUGGCCACCCCGGAGACGCUCUCGGAGGCAUCCAGCAGCCCGCCGUCGCCGGUGGUACCGGCGCCGCGGCCGAUGCGACGCACCCCCAAGAUCCCGGGAAACUUGUCAACGGCGGCGGAUGACCUGAAGAACAAUCUUCACUACGCGAUGCUCUCGGCGAGGAACUACUUCCUGAGGACGGGGGAGCACGCGGGCAGUAACAACGGCGGCGGUAGCGGCAACAGCAGCAGCGGGAACAGCGAGGCGAGCUACGAGAGCGCCCGGAGCCUGGCCGCCGCCGGUCUUCCGCCGCCUGUACCGAGACGACGGGACUCCGUCACCGUCAGAAGAGAGCAGCGAAUGUGCACAGCGGCGUGCUGCAGGGACGACCUGUCGGAGAACUCGUCGACCCGCACGUCGUCCCACUCCUCGAGGAACUCCCACACUUCGCACCACCGCGUCCAGGUGGAGUUGUACGAGGAGAACGACACGAACGGCUCCAGCUUGGACUUCUACGAGGCGAAGGGUUCCUCCGGCCAGCGCGACAGCAGCAACGACGUCUUCCUCAGCGUGCGCAGCUCACCGGAGUGCAAAGGGCUCAUGGCGCCGGCGACGGAUCUGGGCGCCGAAUGGAAGAAGCGCUUCGACGCCACGGGCGUGAGCGGCGGCGACGCCUCGUUACCGCUUCUUCGGGGCCUGUCGCCCACGCCGACCACCGGCCAGCAUAACUCGCCGUUCUUCAGCGCCAAGCGAAAGAAGUACGUGUACCCUAUCACACUGGUGGGCCGUGGCGAAAGCAGCGUUUAGUCCGAGACGGAGAAUUGUCGUCGGCGAUCGAACGAGGAAAAUCAGUCGGGUAUAUUCGCUCUCUGUGCGCGACUCAGUGCGACGCUCUCUUCAGCUCUUCGGGAGAGAUGUUGACCGGACUUUAGUUUAGCGGACUGAAGUAAAUCCAAUCGAGGACCACGAGGCACAUUUAGCAGUAACGAACCGACCGAAUACGUGUGCCAAAUUCUAUUCUUCUCCUUCUACUUCUUAUAUUCCUCUUCCCUCCUCUUCUUCUUAUUCUCAGGACUGUCGACCUAUCCGACCUGCUUAAGCGACACGAGUGUCCGCGUGAAGACAGAUCGGCCUCCGAGUACUUCUGUAUAUUUGAAUAGCUCGUUCUUGAAUUGUUUGACCUUCAGACUCGUAGACGCAGGUGCAGUACUUCGUUCAGUCAUUCACCGGUCUUAGCACGCGAAUUAGUUGCUCAUCAAAAUUGAGUGAAAUUGAAUCGAACGUAAGGACCCAGGACCACCUGCGACUCCUCCCCCGGGACGUUCGAUUCUGCAUCGCUAUCUUACCGUCGUAAAGAUAAGCAACGGAGAGGAAGGAGUACGUUUCUCCACCUAGCGAGUCUUUUAGUACGAUUAGUGCGCGCAUCGCGGCAGCAGCGGCCUACUCUGCGUCGAUAUUAUUUGUUAGACACACAGUAAAGAGAGACCACUUGAUUUUUUUUUCUACAUUUCUAAACGCAGCUUCGAGCAAAGAUAUGAAUCUCGCGCGUUCCGUUCUCGAUCUUUCAAUAUGAGUUUGAUACUAUUCUUAGUUCAUUAGAACGGCACGCUCUAAUAACGUACGAAGCGAUUGUAUUAAGCGAUAAAUUAAGCGUCGAUACUUUUUCUAUUGAUCUAUGCGCGAUCGAGAUUACUUUAAGCGUAAGCGACGGGGAAGGAUAUAACACACGAGUGGUGAACCUCUCGCGAAACGUCUCGCGAUUGUAUAGUCAGAUCUGACGCGAUCGUCGAACGCGCGACUCCUCGGGAGAAUCGCGCUUGAGGAGUUUCUUCGACGUUUCGCUGUAUUUAUGUAAAAAGUAGAGACGAGACCGCGACGCAGACGCGGCGUUUAACUCUAGUCAGUAUAUAACGUACGCUUAGGAAAAAUGUAAUAUUUAUUGACUCCUUGUAAUAUUUAUAGUCUUCUUAGGAGAAGCUUACAGGAAUAGGUAGAAAGAGUUGAUUCUAAUGUAAUAUAAAUUAUUUAUAAGAAAUAAACGAUGAGUAUGGGAGAUCA